AUGGCGGGUACGACAUGGCGGGCACUGUUGCUCCUUGGCGUCGUCCUGACGGUGCAGCUGUGCGGGUGCACCGCGUACGUCGGCGGCGGGUUUAGUGUGGAGUUCAUCCACCGGGACUCUCCCAAGUCGCCACUCCACGACCCGUCGCUCACCUCCAACGACCGCGUGCUUGCCGCUGUGCGGCGUUCCACGGCGCGCUCGUACACCGUCCGCGAUCCUUCCGGCGGCGUGGCCGAGAUCAGGUCCAGUCCGUACGAGUACCUGAUGUACGUCAACAUCGGCACGCCGCGCACCCGGAUGCUCGCCAUCGUCAGCACCGGCAGCAACCUCAUGUCGUUCAAAUGCACCAACGGGACCUCCGGUCCUCCGCCAGCCGCUGGGGCCGCGCCGGUGAGCUACGUGUUCGACACGUCCUCCUCGUCGUCCUACGGCCUCGUGGCCUGCCGGCUGCCCUCAUGCCACGCGGUCCGCGUCACCUCCUGCGACGCCAACUCCAUCUGCCAGUACCACUUCUCCUACAGCGACCGCUCCACGACGGACGGCAUCCUCUCCACAGAGACCUUCAUCUUCGACGACGCUCCCGGCGGCUGUGUUGGAUGCCGCGAACGUCCGCAGCUGCAACUGACCAGAGUCAACUUCGGCUGCAACACAAACACGAACGGCGGCAACCCGUUCCUCUUGGCCGGCAAUGUCGGCUUGGGCGCCGGGAGCAUCUCCCUCGUCAACCAGAUCGGCGCCGCGACAUCGCUCGGCCGGAGGUUCUCGUACUGCCUCGCGCCCUUCUCCGUCAACGCCUCCUCCAUCAUCAACUUCGGCGCUCGCGCCGCCGUGACGGAGCCUGGCGCGGUGACCACGCCGCUGAUCCCCUCGGCCGUGGACGCUUACUACACCAUCCUGCUCACGUCCGUCAAGAUCGGGAACUCGACCAUCGCGCUGCUGGACCCGAUCAUGGGGGAGCUCACCAAGAGCAUCAAGCUCCCGCUGAAGCAGUCGCCAGAGAAGCUGCUGGACCUGUGCUACGACGUGGGCGGGACGAUUCAGGACUGGGUGCUGGAGAAGCUUUUCCCGGAAGUGACGCUGGGGUUUGGCGGCGGCGCCGUGAUUACCCUGAAGGCGAAGAACGCGUUCAUACAGCCGCAGCCGGGGACCGUGUGCUUGGCCAUGUCGGCGGCGACGGACAAUGUGGCGGUCAUCGGGAACAUCGCGCAGCAGAACUUCUGGGUUGGCUUCGACCUGGACAAGGGCGCCAUCACCUUCGCCGCUGCCGACUGCGCGAAAUCCUACCCCUCUCCUCCCGCCUCUAAUCACCAUGAGUAG